GGAGAUACAACAUAUAAAAUGAAAUUGUAUUGCCUAUCAAGUGAACCAACAAAACCAUGUUUGGUAUUAAGUUUUAAAGGAAUUACACUAAUGUUAGACUGCGGCUUAAACAUGCAGUCUGUAUUACAUUUUAUGCCAAUGUCUUUGGUUCCUAGUUCAAAAUUCAAUUCAUUAUCAUUCUGGCUUCCUCGUGAUAAUCAUCAAGAUUGGCAAAUAGAAGGGGAGUUAAAAGAAUGUUGUGGCAGAGUAUUUGUAGAUUCAACCCCAGAAUUUUCUCCACCACUGGAGAAGAUCAUAGAUUUUUCAGAAAUUGAUGCUAUCUUGAUAUCAAAUUAUACUUGUAUGUUGGCUCUACCAUUUAUAAUACAAGAUACUGGUUUUAAAGGCAUUGUGUAUGCCACAGAAAUUUAAUUACCUUCAAACGAGGUGAAGUAAUCAAAUUACCUUUAAAAAGGAAAAAGGGGCGUGUAUUUAUUGAAAUUCCACGACUGUUCAACUUGUGACGGCUCGAAAUCAUAGCACAUCGUUUUAUUCCUUGCGAUUUCUCAUUGUUAAAAUAUUGUUCCUUAUCUCUACAAAAGGACAACCAUUUCUACGUUUUCUCGAGCAAUUUUCAGCAAUUCUCAAGGAUACAUGUAAAUCUGUCAAAAGAAAUUCGAUUCGUAAGAUCGAUAACGAAAUGCUAUCGCUAAAAUAAAUUUUAUGAAAGCAUCGGAAA